GCGGGGAGGAGGAGGAGGAGGAGGAGGAAGCGGAGGCCACACAGGGACUCAACUGAAACAAAGUGUCGGCAGCCCGGCGGCGGCGGCGGCGGCCCCGGCCCUCUCCUCUCCCCCCGACCCCGACCCCAACCCCUCUUCCCUCCCUCAACUCCGCCCGGGGACUCCCGCCUGGCCGCCCACCAUGGCUUCCGAAGAGCUCUAUGAGGUAGAAAGAAUUGUUGACAAGAGGAAAAACAAGAAAGGAAAAACAGAAUAUUUGGUUCGAUGGAAAGGCUAUGACAGCGAAGAUGACACUUGGGAACCUGAACAGCAUCUUGUGAAUUGUGAGGAAUAUAUACAUGACUUUAACAGGCGUCACAACGAAAAACAAAAGGAAAGCACAUUAACCAGAACAAAUAGGACCUCUCCAAACAACGCUAGGAAACAGAUUUCCAGAUCUACCAAUAGCAGUUUUUCAAAAACAGCUCCCAAAUCACUUGUUAUUGGGAAAGACCACGAUUCAAAAAAUAAUCAAUUAUUUAAUGCCAGCCAGAAGUUUAGGAAAAACACAUCACCAUCUCUCUCAACCCGAAAAAAUAUGGACCUUGCAAAAUCUGGUAUUAAAAUUCUGGUCCCCAAGAGUCCUAUUAAGAGUAGGACAGCAGUAGAUGGCUUUCAGAAUGAAAGCCCGGACAAAUUGGAUCAUAUUGAACAAGAUCAAGAAGAUUCUGUGGCCCCUGAAGUGGCAGCAGAAAAACCAGUUGGAGCUUUAUUGGGUCCUGGUGCAGAAAGAGCUAGAAUGGGAAGCAGGCCAAGAAUACACCCAUUAGUGCCUCAGCUGCCUGUCCCUGUGACAGCCACAAUUGCCCCGGGAUUAGCGAUCAAUGGGAAAGGUACCUCUGCCCUUAUGGAUACAUUAGCAGCCAAUGGAACAGCCAACCUACAAACAUCUGUUACAGCAGUAACAGCCAGUAAAAGAAGGUUUAUUGAAGACAGAAGAGACCAGCCUUUUGACAAAAGACUGCGUUUUAGUGUGAGACAAACUGAAAGUGCUUACAGAUACAGAGACAUUGUGGUUAGAAAGCAGGAUGGCUUCACCCAUAUCUUAUUAUCAACAAAAUCAUCAGAAAAUAAUUCUUUAAACCCAGAGGUAAUGAAGGAGGUUCAGAGUGCUCUGAAUACGGCCGCUGCUGACGACAGUAAACUUGUGCUACUCAGUGCAGUUGGGAGUGUCUUCUGCUGCGGUCUCGAUUUUAUUUAUUUCAUUCGGCGUUUAACAGAUGAUAGAAAAAGAGAAAGCACUAAGAUGGCAGACGCUAUCAGAAACUUUGUAAAUACCUUUAUACAGUUUAAGAAGCCCAUCAUUGUAGCAGUAAAUGGUCCUGCCAUUGGACUUGGAGCAUCCAUAUUGCCUCUUUGUGAUGUAGUUUGGGCUAACGAAAAGGCUUGGUUUCAAACACCAUAUACUACAUUUGGACAGAGUCCAGAUGGAUGUUCAUCACUUAUGUUCCCGAAGAUAAUGGGACUGGCAUCUGCAAAUGAAAUGUUAUUCAGUGGAAGGAAGUUGACUGCGCAGGAGGCUUGUGCCAAGGGACUGGUCUCCCAAGUGUUUUGGCCGGGGACAUUCACACAGGAAGUAAUGGUUCGAAUUAAGGAACUUGUCACAUGUAAUUCAGUUGUACUUGAAGAAUCCAAAGCUUUAGUGCGCAGUAUCAUGAAGGUGGAUUUAGAACAAGCAAAUGAAAAGGAAUGUGAUGUUUUGAAGAAAAUCUGGGGCUCUGCCCAAGGAAUGGACUCCAUGUUGAAAUACUUGCAGAGAAAAAUUGAUGAAUUUUGAUUGGCAAAAAUGACACUGGAAUUGUGUUUAGUGGGACAUCAGUGGCUCAGCAAUGCCAUAAUUCAUUUAAAAUCCAGAAACAAGUUUACUCAUAACUUAAAAAGCUUGGAAAUAAGACUGGAAAAGUUCAAGCUUUUACCGUCAAGGAGUAUUUUAAAGUACUGUAUCCUUUAAAAGAAAAAAGGCAACAAAGCGCCUUUAUCCCAAUAUAAUUAUUUUAUACAAAAUAAAUGUAUACACACAAACUGAAAAGUUAUAAUGUUGAGCACCAGACAGUUCUUUGAAUCUCUAAUUUUUGUUAUCUUUGGCUAGUACUGUAUAAAGAAGAAAAGGAUUGAAUGGUGUUUGUUGUUUUCUGGGUGACAGGAAAGUCUAGAAUAAUGUUUGUUUUCCCCUUUUUUUUCUCCUAGAAUACAGAGUCAAAACGGGUAUGAGCCAGCCCCCUUCUCCUCACUUGCCCACUCACUAAGUCAGUAAGAUCAGAGAUUUUGACUGAGUUUGUUUCCAAGAAGGUACAAAUACCUCAGAGGGUGGAAUUUGUAUAUCAAAAUAAGUCUUAGGCUUUAGUUUAUACCCCUCUAAUGAGAAGUCAAGUGAUGAACAUAUCUCCAAAAUUGAAUGUGUGCUCAGGAUUUAUACUUAGUAAGCCCUUUUUUUUUGAAGACAUGUCCAAUUCUUACCCAGUUAGCAUGAAGAAACCACUGUGUCUAGAAGAAAGCUUGUUUUGCAGUAUUAGUGAAUCACUGAAUAUCUUCUGUAUGAAUAUCUAAGUUAUAAGUUAGUCUUAGUGGGUUUAAAAGUAAUUAGUUUUUCCUGACUUUUGAAGAAUAACUACAUAAGUGCUUCUUGUUGCUGGGUGAGAAUACUACUUUAUAUACAGUUUUGUUUUUCUAUUUGCAGUUUUAAUUGAUGUAUUACACCAAAAAGAAAACAUUUUAUGUUCAUAAAGUGUAAUUUUUAGGUUCACUUAGAAUAUAUUUUAUUUAAUAAGUUAAAAUUCUUUUGGCACACUAUUAAAUACAGAAACUCCUUUCAAAAAACUACCUUAUAUUAGACAUGUAAUGCUUUUUAUGUAUACACUAUAUACUGUAUACAGUAUGGUGUACAAGAGUGCCCUGUGUAAAUAGACAUAUUUGCAUUCCUUUCAGGAGUGGUUACUGAUUCCUGACUACAGAUGCCUAUUAUUAGUUGGGCACCUGUGCUUGCAACGUAUUGAAUGUAUGAAGAAUGAAAUAAAAUCAAACCUUAUUUUUGUACAGUUUUGAAGUUUGUACUUGGAACUGACCACCUCCCCUUCUUCGUGGAGAGCUGUACAGUGUGUAAAUCUGCCUUUACCUUGGAUUGGUACAGUAUUUUUGCAUCUGUGGGACCUACUUUUUUUGUUCAGUAGUUGAACUAUAUAUAAACUGUACAAUCUGUAAAGUUUUUAUAGAAUAAAUAUUCAGCUGUGAAAACUGGUUAAAAUAAAACUAAUAUUUCUUAACACA